AUGGCAAUCAGACGGCACACGAUUCAUUCCCAGCUUCACACACCGAGUGAGUAAGAGAGCACUUUGCUGACACGCCGAUCAGCAGGCUAAGCACGCUCGAUCUUGUCGGUGAUCAGCAGUCAGGACAUGGCGUCGGAGAAGAGCAAGAUCCUGGUGGUCGGCGCCACGGGGUACCUCGGCCGGCACGUCGUGGCGGCGAGUGCGCGGCUGGGCCACCCGACCUUCGCGCUCGUCAGGGACGCGGCGCCGUCCGACCCGGCCAAGGCGGCGCUGCUCAAGAGCUUCCAGGACGCCGGCGUGACGCUCCUCAAGGGCGACCUCUACGACCAGGCCAGCCUGGUGGGCGCGGUCAGGCUCGCGGACGUGGUCAUCUCCACGGUCGGGGCGCAGCAGAUCGCCGACCAGACCAGGCUCAUCGACGCCAUCAAGGAGGCCGGCAACGUCAAGAGGUUCUUCCCGUCUGAGUUCGGGCUGGACGUGGACCGCACGGGCAUCGUUGAGCCGGGCAAGACACUCUUGUCCGGCAAGGUGGCCGUCCGGCGCGCCGUCGAGGCCGCCGGCAUCCCCUACACGUACGUGGUGGCCGGCUUCUUCGCGGGCUACGCGCUGCCCAGCAUCGGGCAGGUCCUCGCCCAGGGGCCUCCCGCCGACAAGGCCGUCGUCCUCGGCGACGGCAACGCCAAGGCCGUGUACGUGGAGGAGGGCGACAUCGGGACGUACACGGUGCUCGCCGCCGACGACCCGCGCGCCGAGAACAAGACUCUGUAUGUGCGGCCGCCGGCCAACACGCUGUCGCACAACGAGCUGCUGGCGCUGUGGGAGAAGAAGUCCGGCAGGGCGUUCGAGCGGGAGUACAUCCCGGAGGAGGCCGUCCUCAAGCAGAUCCAAGAGUCGCCGGUGCCGCUGAACAUCAUCCUGGCGAUCGGGCACGCGGCGCACGUGAGGGGGGAGCAGACCGGCUUCGAGGUCGACCCGGCGAAGGGGGCGGAGGCCGCCGAGCUGUACCCGGACGUCAAGUACACCCCCGUCGACGAGUACCUCGACAGGUUCCUCUGAGGAAGACGGCGCGCGUGAUAAGAUCGAUCGAGCGUGCCUACCCGCACCGGCCAGGUCCUGAUGUCGACUUCCGCGGCAAUAAGAUCCGUUCCCUUUCGUGGAUCCUGAUCCAGUUUUUGUUGCGUCGGUAUGUACUGUAUGUGCUGCUAAUCUUGUAAUGAACGGCCCAUUUCUUGAGCAA